CAAAACAUAAACCCUACCAGCGGGAAACCGAUCUACACCUCUCUCUCUCUCUACACCUUUUCAACACUCUCUCUCUACCCUUUCUCUCUCUCUGCCAUUGCUUCUGUUUCUGCGUGCCUUGUUUUCUCCAUUCGAGAUUUUUAUAAUUGGAACCGUGUAAAGCUUCGGUACUGCGACGGUGCCUCUUUUGCUGGUGACUCUGAGUUUCAUAAUGGGGACUGGAAGGGGUAAGAAACCAGACCAGUUCUACCAGUACUGCACCCGACUAGAUGGUGGCAAACUCCAAUGCAACUUUUGUGGCAAACAAACAACCGCCGGUAUCACAAGAAUGAAAAAGCACUUGGCUGCCAGGACCGGAGACGUUGCAAUAUGCACCCAAGUGCCAAAAGAUGUGAUGUUGCUUGCAAUUAAGGUCCUUGACAAGCUUAAAGCGGAGAAAAGAGCUAGACUAGAGGACUCCGAAUAUGAACCAAUUGAAACAAGUAAUGGAGAUGAUGAAGGUACACAUUAUAUAGAAUACCACCCUAAAGAAGAGCCUUUACCAACACCAGUUUCAAUUCAAACACCACACCCAACUGAUUCAUCACCACGUUCUGGGUUGUAUAAGAAGCUUUUUGGCCAUGGGGGAAGCAGUGGUGCUACUAGUGGCGUUGAUGAUAUGACUUCUAGUACUCGGGGUAGUAAGGGAAAAUCAAAGCAUUCUCGACCUCCUCGCCCUGUAGUCGAUUCUUCGAGGUCUCGUAAUGAUCGUCGAGAUGAUCAACCCAUGGUCCCCAACAUGAUGAGUAGGCCUUCUCGGGAUUCAGUGUGUGAGCUCAUAUCGAGGAUGUUUUUUGAUAAUGCAAUUCCAUUGAGUGUAGCGUCUUCAAGCUCGUUUAGGGAGGCCAUGAAUGCCAUUGCGAAUUGUGGCAAAGGUUUUGAAGCUCCGACCGCCUCUGAGAUAGGUGGUCCAUUUUUGAGGAAAGAGAAGGUGAGGUUAGAAGAGAGUGUGAUUUCCCAUCGUAGGUCACAAUGGAAGCAAUAUGGUUGUACGUUGAUGGCAGAUAGUUGGAGAGAUCGGCGGGGGCAUACCUUAGUUAACUUCUCAGUUUAUUGUUCUUCAGGAACGACAUUCUUGAGGUGCAUGGAUAUUAGUGAUAAUCGCAUGACUGCUGAUUAUAUUUCCAGUGUCUUUAAGGAUGUCAUUGAAUAUGUGGAUCCAAAGAAUAUUGUGCAGAUUAUUAUGGAUCAAGGGCCCGAGUUCAAGUUGGCUGAGAGAGGUCUGGCAGAAGAGUAUGGCCAAAUAUUCUUUGGAGCAUGCACUGCCCAUGUCAUUGACCUCAUUCUUCAUGAUCUAGAGAAAUUUGAUUGGGUUAAAGAGCUUAUUGGUGAUGGAAUGAAAAUAUCUAAGUUUGUUUAUAACCAUGCUUGGAUCCUCGCCAAAUUUAGAAAACUCUCCAUUGGUCAAGACCUCAUCCAUUCAUCUCGCACUCACUAUGCUACAAGUUUCAUUGCCAUUCGAAGCAUGGUGAAUCGUAUGAUGCCCCUUCAACAACUAUUUGUUGACCCCGAAUGGAGGGACUCUAGUUAUUCAAAGACUGAAUUGGGGAAGAAUGUCCAAAAGUUAGUGAUGAGUGAGGGCUUUUGGAAGAAAGCAAAAAAUGCGGUAGCUAUGGUGGAACCGUUGUUAAAGAUCUUAAGAUUGGUUGACUCAGAUAAGCCCACAAUGGGUUAUAUCUUCGAUGCUAUGUGCACUGCCAAGGCCUUGAUAAAAAUGUUUUUGGGUGAGUGUCGGUCCACAAAUGUGUGCAAGAUCAUUGACAGUAGGUGGAGAGAUCAGCUUCACUCAGAUCUACAUGCUGUUGCAUAUCACCUAAACCCAUAUUAUUUGUUCAAGCCAUCAAGUAACAUUGGAGGAAAUGAAAUAUGCUAUCCUGAGUUGGCUGUGCACACGGUGAUAUCUCGCUUGGUCCCAGACCCAACUGAGCAAGCACGUGUUGUUAUACAGGUGGGACAAUUCUCUCGUAAACUAGGGAUCAUGGGGACAGAUGCUGCAAGAAUAGCUGCACAAAUGGGGAGUCCCAUUGACUGGUGGAGCGCUUAUGGGGUUGAGUUGGGAGAACUCCGAAGUGUAGCAAUCAGAAUUUUAAGUCAGGCAAAUGCAUCAUUUGGUUGUGGGCGAAAUUGGAGUAUAAUCAACCAAAUACGCAGUAAACAAAGGAAUCAGCUGGCGAUGAAGAGGCUCAAUGACCUGGUUUUCGUCCAAUAUAACUUGCGACUAGAGCAACCAAGGAGCGAGAGGCUUAAACGCUCGCGUAUCGAUCCUAUUAGUGUUGAGGCAUUUCUCACAGAGGAUCCAUUAACCGAAUGGAUUGCAAGAGACGAUGUUGAACCAGAGUUCCCAGAGGACCUUCACCGUUUGGAAGGGAUAGAUGAUCAGCAUGUAAUGGAGGAGCCUGAGACUUCAGCGCAGGGGAAUCUUGCUGCUUCAGCUCUUGAUACUGAAUUCCCUGAACACUGGUCUCAAGCACCAAUAUAUCAACAACCAUUAGAUCCAUUACCUGAAGAUUAUUUUGAGUUUGAUUUUGAUCAGCUACGUAUUGAUCCUGGUCAACCUGACUAUUUCCGAUCUGUCAUGGGAUCUGACCCAUCACAGCAACCAUAUUAUGGUUCACAAUUUGAUGUUAAUGAGGAUACGACUCAAUAUGAAUGACAACCUCUUGCUCGAAAUUAACGAAAUUUGAUUGUCCAUUAGUUAAUCAUCUUAUUUUGCAAGUAAUUUC